ACACAUAUAUAUAUACCCUGUCAUGCCACCCUUUGCAUUCAUUCCUCAACAACAACACCUAAAAAUCCAUUUUUUCUUACUUUCUGAAAUACCCUUUUGCUCAAAGUGAACAGCCCUUGUUCAGAAACAGAAAAGCAAAGUUAAGGAAGAAAAAAAAAUGUCUGGGGUGUGGAUGUUCAAGAAUAAUGGUGUGUAUAGGUUGGUGGAAAACCCUCAAGCUGAAGGGUCAGAUGGAAGACAAGGGAAGGGAAAUAGCUCAAAGAGAAAGGUUUUGGUGCACUUGCCAAGUGGGGAAGUGGUUUCUUCCUAUGCUUUUCUUGAACAAAUUUUAACUGGAUUAGGUUGGGAGAGGUACUAUGAUGGAGAUCCUGACCUUUACCAAUUCCACAAACACUCCUCAAUUGACCUAAUUUCCCUCCCCAAAGACUUCUCCAAGUUCAACUCCAUCAACAUGUAUGAUAUAGUCAUCAAGAACCCCAAUGUCUUCCAUGUUCGUGAUAAGUGACUCUUCAUUCUUUCUUCUUCUUCUUCUCUUUUUUUCUUUAUAAUUUCACUUUAUCUUUAUAUA